CCAGCAUGCACCGGACCCGCUCGCUUCUCGCAGCGGUGAUGCUGAUGGAGUGUUUUCGCUCGCGGUGCUGGAGUUGUGAUGGGUCUGCUGGAGUUCCGCUCUGAUCGUCAUGCUUCCCGGGGUCCUUUACGCGCUGCUGGCGGGUUUUCUCGGCGCGGUCGCGUCCUCCUCCGCCAAACUGUCUCUCGGCACUGACUACCUGAAGGGCGUGUGUGAGACGGGACUGCGGACGUGGGGCGAGCAGAGGAGAUUCACGCAGCAGAACGACACGAGCGCCUGCGACUGGCUGCACAUCCCUCUCCGACUGCUGUGUGGAGGUCUGCUGUUCACCUGCAACGCUGUGAUGUGGACGUUCCUGGCCAAAGCUCUCCGCAGCUCGUGCUCGUCCACCCGCACCACUGUGACCACCACCGCCUCCAACUUCAUCUCCUCUGCGUUUCUGGGGCAGCUAAUAUUCGGGGAGACGCACAUGGCCCUGUGGUGGGUGGGCAUCUCUCUUACUCUCUCUGGUCUUCUGGUGCUUCAUCACACGUCGCCCAACCUCACCCAAUCACACGACAGCAAGAGAGAAUGACGCUGGCACGCGUGAACGUGCAUGCUGCAUUAUUAGAAGAGUUCAGUGUGUUUUAUAAACAUACUGUAUGUGACCCUGGACCACAAAACCAGUCAUAAGGGUCAAUUUUUCAAAAAUU